CACGGCUUGCGCGGGAGUGCGCGGGAGACUCUUCUAUUCGCGAGCAUGCCAAGCGUUUUGCAGGCUGCCUCAAGACUGACUACAGAGCAGCGACGCUAAGUGAUGUUAGUGCUGUCAUAAAGAAGCGGCUGGUUGGUGCCCAAGGCAGGGACGGUGGUAUAGGAUCGAAUCAGCGACGUGUCGUAAAAGGUAAAACACGACACCCGAAGAAGCACAAAGGUUGUUGUCCGACAUCGUACAGGAUGGACCCUCGUCCCUUUGCAGUGUACACGCCCUAAACAUUACCGACUGGAAUUCUAUUGAUGGUCGAGUUAGGGAACUUUGUUUGGGCACACUGAAGGGAUCCUCCAUCAAUUCCUCAAGCCCAGUAGAGGUCCCCGACACACGCAUGGCUGAGAACCACUGGGGUUGACGCUUGUAGCUGCACAAGCCUCGAUGUGUGAUUCCUGCCGUGAUUCUGUGUGAGUCUGUCAAGUAGGACCUGCUGGCAUGUGUCGCACCGAGGACAUGGUGUGUGACAUCAGGACAGCGGCUAUCUAGGAAACACAGGGUCUCAAGUAAGUCCACUGAGAGGAAGCUUUGGAUACUCUGAACAUUAUGAGACUUUCGUUCAUGGCCAUUCCUACACAUCAAGCGCCGUAGCAAUGGUUCGUGUGGCUCAGCAAGAAAUAAUGGGCAGUGGAAAGCAAGGUGUAAGUAUUUACUCCAAGUCCUGCUCUAUUUGAAGAAUGUAAGAAAUUCCAGAGUCGCCGCCGCCAAUAUCUUACACACUGGUGUCCGACGAUAGCAUAUUUACCACAAGCCCCAUUUCAUUUGAAGAGAGUAAGGAAAUAUAAUGAAUAUGAAAAAAGUGUUAAAAUUUGAUUUCUUGUUUCAGCUCCAGAGUCGCCUCCCCCGUUAUCUUACACACCUGUACCGCAGCCAACCCCUGAAUAUCAUUGGAGUCCGACACCUGAAUAUUACUGGAGUCCACCGCCACCACACUGUAUGUAUUAUUGAAAUGCAAGUGCGGUUUCAAAUAAUAACAAUAACCGCUUUUUCAGGUCAGUGUUGUGCCCCAACGGUCCGAAAUGAAAGAUUUAAUUAAAAAUGUUAUUGAGGACACAUUGAAAGAAAUAUUUGGAGAAUAGAUUAAUAAAAGUAUAUAUUCU